AUGAUACGGAAUACAUUUCUUAUCUCAACCAUUAUUACAAUUACUAUAUAUUUACAAGUUGCCAACGAAGGUCAAUUAUUAACUCAGUUGCAAACCAGUGGCGUCCCAUCCAAGGGAACAGAACUACUCUCAUGCACGAGUGUGAGAGAUAACGAGUUUUUUCAGAAACAACUUAAUCCAGUUCACGGGCUGUUCGUUAAGCCGUCGGAAGAUGGCGUUACCGGUGACCUAUACGUGGCGGCUACGGAAGACGACGGCGUUCACUCGCAAUGGCUGACAGAUCAUCCCGUGAACUUUUUACCAUCAGCUGCGGCGACUCAAACUCAAGCAGCAUCUAUUCCCGUCACAUACACGUCGAGUAUAACAAGCAGCACAUCACCGCAUGAGGAAACAGUGACCACUCACAAAAGAGCGGUGAUCACAAGUCCUUCCAUGAAAUAUGCUUAUGCCUUACCCGUCUCAGGAACAGCCGACGGAGGCCCAAUGCAUCCAUACCCGUACGGGUUUUAUGCACCGAACGUUCAAAACUCUGAUGAAAGUCCGCAAUGUCGAUCAGAGAGCUCACCAGCAUCACCUCCGGGGCUUCACACAUACCCGUACCCUUACUACUAUCCACACAUGAUGACAGCUCUAUCAGCCGCUAUGCAUGCAAUGAAAGAAAGUGAAGAAGAUAGCAGUCCAAAAGUUUUACAGCCACCACCAUUUGGUUGGCCAGCUGCCUACGCCUAUCCAUACCAGUAUGUUAUGGUAGAUCCCUCAGCCUGGGCUCCGAGUUCAACUAGGACGUCCGGAAAAAUCGCUACGGAAAAGGAAGCAGAA